UCUCCAAACGACAGCAAUGUGGGAUGAGCAAGAGCCGCCGUCGGCCACAUUCGUGUGGCAAAAGAAGUUAGAAAAGCAAGGGCUUAAAAACCUUUCCCGAAAGGAGCUCGAGGUUUUGCAGCGAAAAAAGCAACAAGAAAAUUUGAUUGAACUGGAAAAGCUGAAAAAGCGACGUCUAGAACGAGAGCAUCAGCAGCAACAACGAGAGGAUGAUAUGUAUUUGAUGCAACGAUCAAAAGAAGCAGCCCAAUUUGAUGAAUGGCAACGGCAGGAGGAAAAUUUUCACCUCGAACAAGCGAAAUUGCGAAGUAAAAUUCGUAUUCAAGAUGGCAGGGCUAAACCGAUCGACUUGUUGGCCCAGUACAUUUCCGAGCAAAAUUUAGAGGAAUCGAUAGAGAUGCAAAUGCAUGAACCGUACACGUAUUUGAAUGGAUUAGGACUGGAUGAUUUAGAAGAUUUGCUAGCGGAUAUCAAAGUGUAUAAUGAUUUAGAGAAAAAUCAAAAUGCGGACUAUUGGAAUGAUUUGACGAUUAUCGUUGAGGACGAGCUACAAAAGCUACGUAAGGUGGAAGCUGAAAAGCAACGGAUGGCUACCGGUAGAAGAGAAGGUAUACACCAAAGUGUAGCUAAAGAUGUGACUCAAAUAUUCAAAGGAAAGAGUUCUUCACAGUUGGAGGAACUGAAGCAGAAAAUAGAGGAUAAAAUAAACAGCCAACAAGAUGGUCUUGAUAUCGGGUACUGGGAAAGUUUGUUGUCACAACUGAAGGCGCAUAUGGCCCGGGCGAGACUAAGAGAUAGGCACCAAGAUAAUCUCAAACACAAAUUAGAAUUGCUCAAGAAGGAGCAGGAGAUGGCCGUUAAAAAGGAAUGUGAUGACGAUUCGGAAGCGGGACCGAGCGGAAUCACAGAAUCGGGGGCCUCAUGCGUCGACCCAGCUGAGGAAGCAUCGAGAGAAAGCAGUAGUCAAUCAGAUUCAGAUCAAAUGAAAAGUGAAGAUAACUUUGAAAAUGAUCUUCUUAGCGAGUGCUUCGAGAUAUACAAAAAGGGUGGUUAUGAGCCUAAAUACAUUUCGGAGAAAGAUCUGGAGCCAGGAAUUGUGAUAAUUUCCGAAACUAAAGAUGAAGAUGAUUUAGAUCAGUUGCGGCAAAAGGUGCUGGGAAUAAAUCAAGACGACGAAACAUUCUCGAAAGACGAAUUAAUUCUCCGUAAAGAAGCAAAACGUGGCAUGAAUGAAGAUGAAGCCGAGUUUUCGGUAGAAUCGCGCGUUGACUCUCAAAUCUACCUCUGGUCCGACAAGUACCGUCCCCGUAAACCUCGUUACUUCAACCGGGUUCAUACUGGUUUCGAAUGGAACAAGUACAACCAAACUCAUUACGAUAUGGACAAUCCACCCCCUAAAAUUGUUCAAGGCUACAAAUUCAACAUAUUCUAUCCGGAUUUGAUUAACAAAAACACCACACCGCAGUAUUUCCUGACGCCCUGCGCGGACAAUGCGGAUUUUGCGACCCUACGUUUUCACGCUGGUCCCCCGUACGAGGACAUUGCCUUCAAGAUUGUCAAUCGUGAGUGGGAGUUCAGCUAUAAGCGAGGCUUCCGCUGUCAGUUCCACAACAACAUUUUCCAGCUUUGGUUCCACUUUAAACGUUACCGAUACAGGCGAUGAAGUUUGCAUUUAUUUGUAUUAUUUAUAAGGGCAAACGUAAAACAAUUGU